GCUAACCCGGACCGAGUGUCGUUGUUUUGUUCCACACAGUAAUACUAAAAACCCGAGCGGAGCGGAGCAUGUCCUCCUCCGGCAGUCUGAACAUGGAGUCUCAGCUUCUGUCCAUCAUGAACGUUCUGACCCGGGCGGCGGUGGCGGAGAUCCUCCAGCUCUUCUCGGACAGCACCGACUCCCUCCGCCGCCACCUCACCCAGAGCCUGAAGGAAAACGAGACCCUGAGGCUGAGGACGAAGGUGAUGAGGAGCGAGCUCUUCUCCCUCAGGCUGCAGACCCGGACGAACCGACCGGCCAGCCGCUGCUUCCCGACCAGAACCGCCACCCCCAAACCGCGACACAGAGUUCAUGUAAAGCCACCAGUAACGGAGAAGCCAUCAGUAGAGGUGGCUUCAAUCGCUCUUCAAAGAGAAAACACCGACAACAAACAGUGUGCAGAGGUGGAAAGUGCAGAUGUUAUCCUCAUCAAGGAUGAAGAUGAUGUUGGAGGGUGUAUGCCAGUCGAAGAUCAGGACAGCUGUGAAGAUGAAAGGUUACCUCAAUUUGUUGCCCCAGGACCUCAGAUGAUAGAUUCUGUUGGACCCUCUUGUGCGUCUGGCAAAACCCACAACCUGAGAAUUGUGAGCAUUCAGGGAGGAGUUGAAGACCACCUGCUGGAGAAGAGCGACACUCUCUUUUCUGAAUCUGAGCUCCAUGUUUUUAGAUCCCUGUCUGACCACAACAUCGUCCCUGACAGUCUGCAACCUUUCCCCAGCAGCACAAGUGAACACUUGCCAGUAAGGCUGAGACAGGAUAGCAUUGAUGAAGGGGCAAGAGCCAGCAAACCUGAAAGAAAUAGUUCCACUCAAGUAGCUUCCACAAUGAAUCCUGCUUUAAAUUCACCCAUGGUAGACCUUAACGGUCAAGUGGAGCCCCCUGGUCACAUCAGCCAGUUCCCCCAGCAGCAGGUCGUCUUCCCUCAUGCUGUCAACAAAUCCCUGGACUGCAGCUUCUGUGGGAAGUGCUUUGUCAGCCGCGAGGAACUCAUUGCGCAUCGCGCGAGCCACACCGGGGAGUCGCCCAUUCAGUGUUCCACGUGUGGCAAAUCCUUCGUCAACAAGACCACGCUGAGCAUCCACAUGCGCAUUCACACUGGGGAGAAGCCCUACGCCUGUGCGCAGUGUGGAAAACGCUUCACGCAGAACGGCAGCCUGAAGAUCCACCUACGGACCCAUUCGGGAGAAAAGCCGUACAGUUGUAAUCAGUGCCUCGCCAGCUUCAACAACCCCAGCAACUUGCGCCGGCACAUGAUCACACACAAUUUUAACAUGGGGCUUUGACAGUCAACACGCCUAAUCAGUGAACCCUUUUCAGCAGGAUAGUUCUGUUUUAUGCUGAGGAACGUUUGUUCAGAGGUCCCCAUUUUAUUGCAUACCCUUACAAAAGCUUGAUGAAACAGUCAUGGAUCAGGUGUGAGAAUAAAAAUGCCUCCUGCAUUUAUCUUUAAUAAAGAAGAGCAGCUGUUAUAAAAAUCUUAA